ACAAUUAUCUGAUUGGACAAAACAUGUCUUUCAGAAAUCACUAUAAAUCUGAAUAUAUAAGAUCAGAAUUUUAUUAAGGCGUUCAUAUUCAUGAAAGGAAGGUAAACCUACAUAUCUAAGGGUUCCAGAUAUAUUUGGCUGCUUUAAGAUGAACGCGACAAACAUCACAUCGAAUGAAACAACCUUAUACGCAUUUACUUUCCCGCCAAUGUUGAUUGCCUUUAUGACUUUACAGCAAUUGGUUUUUGUUGUGGCAUGUAUCGGAAACGGUCUAGUGAUAUUUAUAUUUGCAAGGCAUUUGAAGUUCAAAUCGAAUACCAACAAAUUCAUCGUUAGUUUGGCAUUUGCAGAUUUUUUCACUGGUAUAUCAUGUGGAACACAAAUGUUCUACUUUUUCUAUCCGAAGAUAUCAUCGAACAUGAUCCUUUGUAUUCUGAGGUAUCAAGUUAUCACAGUUAUGACACUGACGUCACAAUUAACUGUAGGUGUAGCAGCAUUUGAUAGGUACUUGGCUAUAUGUCAUCCCCAUAAGUACGCGCUAGUCAUUACGAGGUCAACUUCAAAUAUAAUGUGUAUUCUUCCCUGGAUUUUACCUACCUAUGUGAUACUGGGUCCUAUGCUUGGGUGGAGGAAUUGGUAUCCUGGCAUUCCAUGCAGUUUUGACAUAAUCUUCCCGAAGUCGCUGCGCGCAACUGCAUACAUAAUUGUGUACAUUGUCAGCAUAAUAACUGCAAUACUGUACCUUCCGGUUUUGAAAACAGCAUGGCGUUAUUACCAACGAAUGAAUAAAUAUCAGCAAAACCAGACGAGAGACCACAUGCAGACGACGAAUAAAAUAAAAAAGGCCAUCCUAGCAGCUAAAGUUACCGGCAUUGUAACUAUUGUAUUUAGUAUCUUUUGGUUGCCAUACAUGACAUUAAGUUCCUGGAUCAUGGUAUCACCUACCACGAAAUCGAAGCUGGAAUCUGAUUUAGCAAAUUGGUUGGUAUUUUUCGGAGCCUCAAACAGUAUGGUUAACCCAAUUAUUUAUGCUUGGAAGCGUCCAGAUGUGAAUCAGCAAUUCAAAAAGGUGUUCUGUGGUUCAAAUCCUGUCAGUCACGUAGAACAUUUAAAAACCUAA